ACCAACUUCUCCACCUGCAACUAAUUUCGACUUCAAACUACACCUUCCAAUCGACACAAUGACAUUCCGAAAUUCCCCACGGCACAAAUCCUUAUUACUCACAGCCCAUUAUUCCAGUUGCAUUUGAUAAGCUUAUCAACUCGGGAUGGCUUAUGGGUUAUGACAAAUCGACAUGACUGGAGACAGCUGCUCGGUCUGUCUCGUCUGUGGUCUCCCCAGCUUUUUCUGGGCGAAAGUGCUCCACCGGCCAUCGCGCAGACCUUCUCGAUCUGGCAAUGCUCGCUGUCGGCUUAUCUUAUCGCUACCCCGGCUAUCGCUUCCCCGGUUCAUCGAUGCCUGCAGAAUGCAUCUAUGACCCUAUCGCUCAUGGUCCGAGGCGCCCAUCCCCCUCCUGUAGCAUGGCAAUAAAUACCCCAACUGGUGGCGGCGGCCACGGUGAACUCAAUUGCAGACGUGUCUUUGUAUUCCCAAAUAUUCCCCAACGAUGGCGAUAAUAGAAGAUGAGAUUCAGCCUGCGGGCCCUCCUACAACAGGAGAGGAUGUCCGGCUGGAGCAUCUGGGCUAUGAGCAGGAGCUCAAACGGUCAUUUGGCCUCCUGGGUAUGAUUGGCUUCAGUUUCAGCGUCGUCACCUCAUGGACCGCAUUAAGUGGUGUCUUCAUUGUUGGCGUCACGUCGGGUGGCCCCCCGGUUAUGGUCUUCAGUUUCAUCGGUGUCAGCCUACUCACCUUAGCCGUCGCCAUCCCCAUGGCUGAAAUGUGUUCGAUGUAUCCAGUGGCUGGAGGUCAAUACUCGUGGGUGGCUGCCUUGGCUCCUCCAAGAAUCUCCCGCCAAUUAUCAUACAUAACCGGAUGGUUCAUGCUGAUAGGACUGCUCGCCAUGGGCGCAACCAACAACUCCAUUGCGGCACAAUUCGUACUCGGAAUGGCGAACCUCGUCUUCCCAUCCUACGAAAUCCAGCGUUGGCAAACCGUCUUAGUAGCCUACCUUGUGGCAAUCCUCGCUGCUGCCAUCAACAUCUGGGGCCCGCAUCUACUCAACCGGCUCGCCCGUUUCAUCCUUAUCUGGAAUAUCACCGCUUUUUUCAUCACCGUCAUCGUGCUCCUCGCCACAAACGACCACAAGCAAUCUGCAUCAUUUGUCUUCGUCGAAUUUCAAAACUUCACCGGCUGGGACCGAGCCAUGGCCGCCAUCGUAGGUAUCCUACAAGCCUGCUUCGGGAUGUGCUGCUACGACGCCCCCUCCCACAUGACCGAGGAGAUGAAAUCCGCCUCCAAACAAGCACCGCAAGCCAUCAUAAUGUCCGUUGUCCUUGGCGCCGUCACCGGCUUUGCUUUCCUUCUAGUCCUGUGCUUCUGCAUCGGAGAUAUCACCACCACUCAGAACUCCCCUACCGGAGUCCCCGUCAUCCAGAUCUUCUACGACUCCACCGGUAGCAAAGUAGCAGCCUGCUUCCUAGCCAGCAUGACUGCCGUGAUCGUCAUUGUCGCAGGGAACAACAUCCUCGCUGAGGGCUCCCGCUGUGUCUACGCCUUCGCCCGCGACAACGGUCUCCCGUUCAGCCGAUUCCUCGCCAAAGUCGACAAAAAGCGCCAGGUUCCUAUCAAUGCAGUCCUGCUCACAUUGAUCGUUCAGCUCGCACUGGAUGCAAUUGACUUUGGCACCUCAACGGGCUUUGAGACCGUCAUUGCUAUUUCCACUGAGGGUUUCUAUCUCUCCUACGCCAUGGCCCUGGGAAGUCGUCUCCUAGGCUACGUAACCAACCAUAAACGUACCCUUACGGGCCCAUUCGCCCUCCCCACCUCAAUGUCCAUUAGUCUGAACGUGCUGGGCCUAUUGUUCCUGCUCUUUGCGUCCAUCACGUUCAACUUCCCAGAAUCAUACCCGGUGACGAAGGACUCGAUGAACUACACCAGCGCUGCGAUCGGAGUGAUUGGAGUGAUCAGUGUAGCGACAUGGGUAGUGACAGGGCGAAAGCAUUUCACGGGCCCGGGGGCGUGGGAUGGAAGUGGGGAUAGGGUUACGGAGGGGAAAGUGGUUGAAUUGAACGAGGAGAAGGAAGUUGAGAUGGAGAAGAGGGGAUGA